AUGCGCAGGUCCCCCAGCACCCUCCUCAGUGAGACCUUCAUUGUUGAAAAGGACCUGCGCCCCGGAAGGGCGGCUGCCCCGGAAGUGGAAGUGGAAAGUCCCUCCCAGACGCAGGAACCAAGACGGAGUAAUCCGCUGGUAAAAGAAAGCUCUCAAAGGCGCUCACAGCUGGGCUACCAGGAGACCUCGGAGCCCAACCAGACGAGCUCCAAGGAGCAGAUCCUGGAGCCGCUGGUACUGGAGCAGUUCCUGACUGUCCUGCCCAGACUGUGGGCCUGGGUGUGGGGGCAGCGUCCAGAAAGUGGGGAAGAGGCUGUGAUUUUGCUGGAAGAUCUGGAGAGACGUCGGGAGCCUCAAAGUGACCCUCUCCAAGGAAAGUUACCUCUUGUAUUCAUUCAUUCAUUCAUGGCACAAGAAUUAAGCUUCCGUCAUUCUACAUGGCUAAGAUGGAAUGACACUGGAGAUGGAGAGUUUGUGCUGAGGAAAGACUGUCCUCAGAGAGUGGAGUCCACAUCAGAAAGUACUUUAUGGAUAGACCAGGACCCUCAACGUACAGAAGUAGGCCAGAUAGAGAAGCCCGGGAGAAACCCCACAGAAAAGGGGGCGCACAAGUGUGACGAAGGUGGGAAAAGUUUUGCUCACAGUUCAGGUCUGAUUCAACAUCAAAGAGUUCACACUGGAGAAAGACCCUAGGAGUGUAAUGAGUGUGGGAAAACCUUCAGCCAGAGUUCAGGUCUUUUUAAUCACCGAGGCAUCCACAACAUACAGAAGUGGUACCACUGGAAGGCGUGUGCAAAAGCCUUCAGCCAGAGCGCAGGGCUUAUCCAGCAUCAGAGAAUUCAGGGCAAAAAGCCCUAUCAGUGCAGCCAGGGUGAGAAGAGCUACAGUCGGCGAUCGUUUCUCAUUGAGCAUCAGAGGAGUCAUGGGGAGCAACCUCACCAGUGCAGCAAGUGUGGGAAAAGCUUCAACCACCACUGCAACCUCAGCCGCCACCAGAAGACCCGCACAGUGGCUGAGAUGGUCUAG